GUUUCUGAGAAUCGUCAGUGGUCAUGUGUGUAUACAGAAGUGGCCAAUCUUUGCUGCAGACAAGGGGCUGUCUUGUGUAGCAAGUAUUACCAGAGACACCUAUACCCAUUUGAGUUGUACAUCUGUGGAUGUGACUACACUCCUACAGAUGUGGAGCCAGAUGUCAGGAAGAGUCCAGUCAAGGAAGCUGGUGAUUCAGGAGUGGACUCUGAUGGCUUGCAGACAUGCUGUGAUGAUGAUGAUGAGUUUGAUAAUCCUGAUAUAGUCAGACAUUUGGAUGAGCUGGAGCAGAUUCUCAGGUCAAUGGAUCAGGUUGGGCACAGACAAGGCCGUAUCCAAG